UGGAACAACCGCAUGGAAUCACUCCGUGUUGCUGGUGGUCAUGGCAGGCAGACGUGGUGUACGGACCCGCAGCAGAUUCAGCGCAUAAAUCAGAAGGCUGAGGUGCUCUUCGGUAAAGAGCAUGUCCUCGAGCCUAACUUUGCUGCUCCAAUGCCCUACCCUGCUGUAUACAAGGACCCAGACGAGGUGGAGCUCCUUGGAGUAGAGUAUGCCAUGUGCCAGUCAACCAGCUUUACUGCAAGGGAUUACUAUGCCCAGCAAGUUGAGGAAGAGCAGUCCCGUGAAGAAGAGGAGACGGCUGAACAAAGUGAGGACAAGCUGGCAGAUGAGGGUGUGGACAUGGGUGUAGAGUCAGAGGAGGAUCCUAUGGACGCUGUCAGUGACAAACAUGUCAUCCUCACUCAAUCAGAACAGGUGGAGGAGGAGGACAGUCCUGCUAUGCAGGAUGUGCUGAUGACCCAGAGCCAUCUGCAUCUUCCUGGGCUGGAGGAAGUGGAAGCCUUGGCCCUGCUCCUUUUAGAACUGGCAGACGACAGUGACCGUCACCUAGUGCCAGCUGACCUAAGGCUGAAGAUUGCCACUGCAGUCGCUGCACUGCAUGAGCAUGACAGGUCAGCAGCCAACUUUGUAAAAAGGUAUGAGUCUAGGUGGGGUUACACCCUGUUUGGCAGAUGCUUGGGAGCUGAUACACCUGAGAGCAGAGCCGCACAGAAGACAAAGUUUUCUUGGAUGAGGCAGCCCAGGUGACUGAGGAUAGUCGUCUGUGUUACCUCGUUAUUAAGAUGCUGAAAAACCGGCCACCUGCCAGUCGUCUCACCUCCCCCACUAAAAUCACCAAUGCAAUCAAGGGCCAGUAUAAAAGGAUUGUAGACCGAGUCAGAGACGAUCCCAUUCUUAAUGGUCUCUCCAUUCCUCUGCCCAAUCUGAAUGCCAAGUCCAUCUCUACAUUCAUGGCACGGGAAGAGAAGAAGGCUAACUACAGGGCAACCGUAAUGCCAAAGGUGAAACCCCACCAAAGAGUGCUGUCAGAAGAACCAAUGCCAGCAGCUCCUACUCUGCCAGAAUCUUUUCCAGCUCCAGAUCGACCUCAGGUUCAGUACCAGAGCCUAUGUCAUGCAGCUGGGAAAAGGCAUGGUCAGAAGCGAAGGAUAGAUGUGGAAGAGUUUGUGAACUGGCCCAUUCAACCUAAACCCCCUGUGGCCACGUACAUCCCACCCAGAGCGUCAAAUGCACCUGUCCUUGUAGUGGUUCCUGCACAGCCACAGGGACCAUCCAUGAUGCUCUGUGGGGCAUCCAGCAGUCAAGGGGUCAUACCUUUCACACCGCCUCCUGCGCUGACAUCCAAACCAAUGAAGCCUUAUAAAUCCACAAAGCCUUGUGGGGCCUGCCAUGUACCCCAGUGUGGUGGGCAGCGUAAGAGAUACACGCCAUCCAAAGACAAGGCUGCUGAAAGUAGCCAAAAAAUAUUUACCUAUUGCCCAGCAACUAGGAAGUCCACCACUUCAGGUUUUGAAGGUGUUGUGUUCAACAGUUUUGAACACUUCAAAAGUGUAGUUGAUGAGGAACUAAAAAAGAAGAAAAAUAACAAUUAGAGAGCCAACAUUAUCCCCCAAAUCACAAUACCUGGAUUAGACCUAGUUUACCUCAUCCCCUUUUAUAUAUUGUACACAGUAUUGGGGAAAAUUACUUUUAAAAGUAUUCCAUUAAUGGAAUGCACUGAUUGUACGUAUAUUGUUCAAUGUGUACAUGUAUAAAUCUUAAUAAGAAUCCUGUAAAUAAUAACUUAUAGUACCUAUUUAGCUAUUUUCUUCUAAAUUACUUAAUAAUUCAUGUUAAUUCUAUUCUGUUUACAU